CAUCACCAUCUUCAUCAAACAAAAUCCCAACAUUAUAUAUCAGGAGAAGUAGAAGUUUCCUUUCAAUUUUCUAUACAAUAACUAAUUAAACUAUUUCAAAGCAACAAUGCUUAAUUCCAUGGUCAAAGAACAUCAAGCUAGACAAGCAAAACGCAAAGAAGAACAAGAAAUUCGUCGCAAGGAAGCUAUUGAAUCCUCUAAUGAACUUACUCAAGCACUUGUAGAUCAUUUAAAUGUUGGUGUGGCUCAAGCUUACCUUAAUCAAAAACGAUUGGAUGCAGAAGCAAAACAGUUACACGUAGGUGCUACAAAUUUUGCGAAACAGACCCAUCAGUGGCUGCAACUAAUCGAUAAUUUCAGCAGUGCUUUGAAGGAGCUGGGCGAUGUUGAAAACUGGGCACGCAGUAUUGAAACCGAUAUGCAAACAAUACAAGGAACUCUAGAAAUAGCAUAUAAGACAUCACGACAACCAACAUCAUCAUCCACAACGACAACAAAUUAAUACAUCACUAAAGUAAAAGCAAAUGACCAAAUUUAUUAUAAUUAUUCUAAUUUUGAAAUUUUUAUUAAUAUUAUUUUACAAUAAA